GACUUCUGGGAUGCUGGCGGAAUUUGAGGCGGGGAUAGAAUUGAGCCAGGUAUUGGUCCACUGUUCGAGGGUCAUCUAACCCCGUCGUUAUCUCUUUACUAUAAUAACACAUCAGCUUUAACUGGCGUCUCGUGUCGAGUCACAUUUUUGCUCCGAUAAUCCGGUCGCGGUAUUUAUUGCCUUUCUGAGCGCUACUGGGGACGCUCUCUAAACGGAAGCGAGCUAGUCGGAGUAGUUUUUGCCAUAGUGCUGGUUUACUCAUAUAACAAUGGGGAUUCGGACAGGGAUCGCCUUAAUAUGUCUCGCUGUAUUUGCAUUGGUUGCAGCUGAGGACGCAGAAAACAACGAAAGCGUGAUCGAUGAAUUGGUUGUGGAGACAUUGCUGAUGCCGGAGACAUGCACGGUUACAUCGAAUAUGGGAGACACGCUUCAAAUCCACUACACGGGUCGACUGAUGGACGGGAAGGUGAUUGACACAUCUCUGUCUCGUGAGCCUCUGCUGGUGGAGUUGGGGAAGAGAUCGGUCAUCACAGGACUUGAGCAAGCUCUGGUUGGCGUAUGUGAAGGACAAAAAAUCAAGGCCACGAUUCCAGCGCAUCUUGCAUAUGGAAAGAGAGGAUACCCUCCAACCAUACCAGGAGACAGUGCCCUUGAGUUUGAUGUGGAGGUGAUCUCGCUCUCUCAGCAAACACCCUGGCAGAAGCUAGUGAAUGAUGUUUUACCUCUGGUGUGUCUGGCACUGGUUCCCACCCUGCUGGGUUUAGUGGGCAUCUACCUCUAUAAAAAAGCUAAUGCGCAAGCUCACGGCAAGAAGAAGAGCAAAGACAAGAAGAGCAAGAAGAAAUAAGAUCAAAGCCAAAUAAAGAAACUAUUUAAAUAAAAAAAAGAAAGAAUAAAAAA